AUGAUCUGGGAGGCGGCCCAGCCUCGGAAUCCGACCCAGCUGGUGGAGAAUCAAAUCCCGAAUCAAACCCGCGAAGUGGAGGAGAAUCAAAUCCUUCGAAGCGCUGCACCUGGAGCGGGUGUUCGAGCUCACGCCCCUGCUGUAUCGGCUGUAGCGGCGGCUGUAGCGUCUCCCCUUCGCGGCACUCUCCCAGGAGAAGCUACUUCCCAAUCCAGCUCGCACGCUACAGAUGUGCCAACCUCCUCAUGCACAAGGGAAGCAGACGCUACAUCCGCCUCUGGUGCCACAACCGGCGCUGGAGCUACAUCCGCCCCUCUUGCUACAGCCGCCACUGCUGCUACAGCCGCAGCAGCAUCACAUGCUGACUUCAUCAUUCGUGCCGUGGCGCCGUCCGCUGGCGUCGCCCUCUGGGAGGCCCUCAGGCGCGCUACAGAUGCUGCUGCCACGGCUGUAGCCUCCCUGCACACGUGGCAAGCGGCGGACUGCGCUGACGUGGACGAGACCUGCAGCAGAGAUUUCUGGGCGACGAUUGCGGCGGAUGAUGCAGCAGCAGAAGAGGAUUGGAUACUGGCCGUUGAUUCUCUUGGUUUAUGGUGGCUCUUCGGGCACUCGGUUACGAACAUCGUCGGCAGCGAGACACUGACUUUAUCAGAGGAUGAGAUCUCCGACCUCGAUUUGAGCAAGGAAUCUAAUCUGGAGAUUCCAGGCAAUGCCGUUGAUGAUGAGGGUGUGAUUGUAACUGAAGCAUCUGCUGCUGAGCAGCAGGAACAGCGGGGACAGCAGGAUGGCUGCACUUCUGACACGCACAGAGAAGAGGGACCCGAAGGGUGCUAUGCCGUGCGUGUAUUUGUGUCCGAGUUUGAAGCCCGAGCGCCGUUCCUGCACUUCUCUCUGUCAGAACAUGCCGCCCGGGUCGCCUCCUCACCUAAUGCGGGCGGCGCUUCCGUUAUUUCUGAGUCACUUUCCGUGGAGUAUUUCGUGCGACACUUCGGCGCAACUGACAUAAUUUCAGAAAUGGAGGUGCAGUACUGCGACAGCAACUGGAAGAAGGUGGAUUACAUCUGCAGCUUGUUUGGGCAGCGCUUUGGAGUGUCCGUCACUCGAGCCAUGAUGUACCCUGACCCUGGUCGAUUUGACUACGACCAUGCAAAGGCCCUUCUCAGAAAGAAGCUGCAUGGGCUGGUGGUGGCAUGGUCAGGAGUAUCGCCCAUGCACUGCUUCUCUCGCGCUAUCCUUCACGUUUGGUGUGAGACCCCGCACAUCGCCAACCUCCUACACCAGGCCUUCCCAU